UAAGUUCAUUACUUUCUUAAGCAACUCCAUAUCAUCUUUUCAUCGACUUUCUUAUAUAUUUUUUUCUAUCACAAUAAAUUUGCUACAAUUUUUAUUUUACUUUUUUUUAAUAGGGUUAUUAAUUUUAUUUUUGGAACUUUUAUUUCCUUCUAAUUUCACUUAAUUCAAAAAACUAUAUCCGUAAAAUGUAAUAAACUUAAUAAAACAGAAACACGUCAAAAACUCGAACUCUGAACCGCCGAAUUCAGACCAAACAUCCAUCCAUGGCCCAUUUGUUCUUAAAAACAUGACGGCGUUACGCCAGGGUCCGAAGGGCUGGUGUCAUACAAAGUCAGACAAACGUAAACGAAAUUUCAUCAUCUUCCCAUUCUUUCCUUCCUUCUUAUUACUUCCCUUGCCUUGUUAACCCUGCUAUCUACCAAAAUCUUGCUUUUCGCGCAUCCUUUUCUCUCGUCCACCAUUCUCCUUUCUCAUUCCUCUCACUUCAAUUCUUAUACAUCUCAAUCAAUUAACAUUCAUUUCAAUCAUACACAUCAUCUUGCUUUUGAUCUUCGUAUUAGGUUUUCCCUGAAUUUGAUUGAAUUCACUGGUAACUGGAAUUUAAUUGAAGACGGUUGUAGAUCGAGAAUGACGAUCCCUAACGCUGGAGAUGAGAAUUCAUUGAAGAUUGAAGUAAUUCAUUCGCCGGAAGAGGAAAGGCGGAUUAUAAAAGAGUUGAAUGAUCAUGCUGAAUCGAAUCUUAGAGAAGGGAAUUUGUACUAUGUUGUUUCUUAUCGAUGGUUCAUGAACUGGAGGAGGUAUACCGGACAAGAUGAUGAUUGUGAAAUGAAUGAGAGUGCUCCAGAUAUAUUGAAUGCAGUGGACAGACCAGGGCCUAUUGACAAUUCUGAUUUAAUUUUAAAUGUAAAUGAUGGUGACAUUGAUAAUAUAGAACUUAUUAGAACCUUGGAGGAAGGGCAAGAUUAUGUAUUAGUUCCCGAAGAAGUUUGGAAGAAGCUAUUGGAAUGGUAUUCUGGAGGUCCACCAGUUCCUAGGAAGCUGAUUUCUCAGGGUGACUGUAUUAAAAGGUUCAAUGUGGAAGUAUAUCCUCUGUCUCUUAAGCUAACGGAUUCCAGGGACAACACUCAAUUAGACAUGAGGUUAAGUAAGAAGGCUACCAUUCGUGAGCUCUAUGAGAAAGUGUGUGCACUCAAAGGGUUGACGCCAGACAAGAUUGAUAUCUGGGAUUACUUUAAUGAGCGGCGGCAAUGUGUUUUAGAUCCUUCGGACAAGACGUUGGAAGAUGCUCUUCUGCAAAUGGAUCAACAUAUUCUUUUGGAGAUACGGCCUAUUGGGAAGGUAUCAUCAAGCCUUGGGGUCUCUUCACCUGGAAAUGAAUUAGCUUUGGUGCCAGUGGAACCCUCAAGGUCUUCUGUGACGAUUGCUGGCGGUCCAGCCUUGUCAAAUGGUUACUCAACGAGAAACAGUUUCAAUAUGUGUGCAGGAUUGAGUUCUAGCUCUACUGUUGAGAAUGGUGGUCAUGAUAGUGUUGGUAGUCUGAGAAAGAAGGAAAAGGGAGGUUUAGCUGGAUUACAGAAUCUGGGGAAUACUUGCUUUAUGAAUAGUGCUCUUCAGUGUUUGGUCCAUACUCCACCUCUUGUUAAUUACUUUCGGCUAGACUACUCUAACGAGAUAAACAAGCAAAACCCACUUGGAAUGCAUGGUGAGCUCGCCAUUGCAUUUGGCGAUUUAUUGAGGGAAAUGUGGUCUUCUGGACGGGGAUCAAUCGUGCCACGUCUAUUUAAGGGAAAGCUUGCUCGAUUUGCUCCUCAGUUUAGCGGGUAUAAUCAGCACGAUUCUCAGGAACUGCUUGCCUUCUUGUUGGAUGGAUUGCAUGAAGACUUGAACCGCGUUAAGCAGAAACCUUACAUUGAGAUGAAAGAUUCAGAUGGCCGACCUGACGAAGAAUAUGCAGAAGAGUGUUGGAAGAAUCAUAAGGCUCGUAAUGAUUCAAUUAUUGUUGAUACAUGUCAGGGUCAGUACAAGUCUACUCUGGUUUGUCCAGUUUGCAACAAGAUUUCAAUUACAUUUGAUCCAUUUAUGUACUUGAGUUUGCCCUUGCCUUCAAUCGUCAAUAGAACAAUGACAGUUACUGUGCUCUAUGGUACUGGAAAUGGACUUCCGAUACCAUAUACUGUAGCGGUUUCUAAACAUGGAUGCUGUAGAGAUCUGAUUCAAGCACUGGGAAAUGCAUGCUGUCUGGGGAAUGACGAGACCCUCUUCCUAGCCGAGGUUUACGAUCACAAAAUUUUCCGAUAUUUUGAAUCUGCUCUGGAGUCACUGUCUUCCAUCAAGGAUGAUGAUCAUAUUGUAGCAUACCGAAUUCCUAAGAAAUAUGGGUUAAAGAGACUGGAGAUAGUUCAUCAAACCCCAGAAAAGAAGCUUCUAGGAUCACCACUUGUAACCUAUUUACAAGAAGAGCCGCAAACUGUUGCUGAUGUUUGUAAUGCUGUUAUGAGUAUACUUUCUCCUUUGAGAAAAGAUCAUGUCUUUUUAAAUACGAACAAUGGUGAGAAAGAGAAUGGUUCUGUAUCAGGAGACAAUGGUGAAGCAGACCAUAUGCUUGUAGACAACACUGCAGGAUACAAGUAUGGCGACAGUUGCCUUCUCCAGCUCAGUAUCACCGAGGAUAGGUUUCUGAGUGGCAAACAAUUUGACGACGAUUAUGUUAAAAGCAAUUCUUCCUUAAGGGUCACUCUUUGUUGGACUGAUAUUGAACACAAUCUUUAUGAUAUUAGCUAUCUAGAGGACCUCCCUGUGGUGUGCAAAUCAGGUUUUACUACUAAGAAGACUCGCCAAGAAGCUGUCUCUUUAUUCUCAUGUCUGGAUGCAUUUUUGAAGGAGGAGCCCCUUGGGCCUGAUGACAUGUGGUAUUGCCCUAAUUGCAAGGAACACAGAGAGGCCUCCAAGAAGCUAGACCUUUGGAGACUGCCCGAGAUACUUGUCAUCCACCUGAAACGGUUCUCAUAUAGCAGAUAUUUUAAAAACAAACUAGAUACCUUCGUGAGCUUUCCAAUCCAGAAAUUGGAUAUGGGGAAAUAUGCAAAGAAUGGGGAUGCAUCUGAUGUCCCCUAUGUAUACGAAUUGUAUGCCAUUAGCAACCAUUAUGGCGGCCUUGGCGGUGGGCACUAUUCUGCUUAUGCAAAGUUGAUUGACGAAGACAAAUGGUAUCACUUCGAUGACAGUCAUGUUUCUCCAGUAGAUGAAUCAGAAAUUAAGACAUCAGCUGCAUAUGUUUUGUUUUACCGAAGGGUGAAAGUUGAAGCCAAAUCUAAAGUUGGAAGAUCAUCUUAGGAUCACAAUCUUUCUUAAAAGCAUUCUGUGCAGGAUUGCAAACUUCAUUUGCUCAGGAUAUUACAAGUACUCAUUAUAAAUGUGUUUUAGUGAAAAAAUUGGAUAUUGGCUUGCUGAGACAGACUAGUUGGCGUUAGAUGGGGAGCUGACUAACAAGAUUAUCGGAUAGCUAGAUUGGGAGGUAGGUCUUCAUUUGGUUCAAUCAGUAUAUGCUUAUCUAUUCUACAAAAUUUUGAAGUGAGCCGCUAGAUUAUAAAUUCUCGGUAUCUUUUCUUGUAGGCCUUAUGUAUAGGUCUGUGGCCGUAUUAGUAGUGUCCAAUCAUAUUAGGGAACACCAUUAAGACUGUUCCACCUCUGUUUGGUGGGUUAUUUGAGAUCUUGAAGAAUGCCUUGAUUUGUGGCUAAUAUUUUGAUCGCCCUUCUAGAUGUUUUCUCCUUGUAUUGAUGUCUGUUUUACUUGUACAUCUGGGGUCUAGCGCAGCAAAGUUUUGGAAUCGGGAUUAUAAUAUCUACUUAAUUGUAUUAUGUUACCUUAUCAGAUUUGUAAUACUUUUCAAGGCAAUGCCGACUAUAUUUCCUAGUCUUAUUAUCUCAUA